AUGGCCCGGGAGAAGCUUCACUCAGCAGCUACAGAGGGAGACACAGACCUGCUGAGCGCCCUACUGAUGGAAGGCGCCUCUGCUGACACACUCGACGCGCGCUGCCAAACACCCCUGCACCUGUCAGCCAAGGCCGGACAGCUGCCAGCGGUGUGCCUCCUGCUGGACCACGGCGCCAGCGUGCAUAGCCAAGAUAUAGACGCGCGUACGCCCCUGCACACGGCCGUAGAGUCAGCAGAGGUCAGCGUAGUGGAGAGACUGCUGACGGAGGGCGCUGACAUCGGGGCGAGAGAGAGAGUGAGAGGGCGCACACCUUUCCACAUUGCUACUGUUUCAAAUAAUGUGGAAAUUCUGAAGCUCUCUCUCAGGCAUGGCGUGACGGGCGUGGGCGAGGACACACACGCCCUCCACUACAGCGCCUCCGUGGGCAGUGUGGCGGCGAUAGACCUACUCCUCGAUAAUGGCCAGAACAUCAACCAGGCAGACAGUGAAGGCCGCACACCGCUCCACCACGCGAUAUGUUCCGGCCACGAGGAGGCAGUACUGCACCUCCUGGCCCGGGGAUGCAGCCUGAGUGUGUGUGACAGGACGGGAGCCACGCCACUGCACUACGCGGUCAGGUGGGGCGGCUCCGAUGCUGUGCUGAGGCGAAUGGUCAAAGCUGGGUGUCCUAUCAACGCGACGGACAGACUUGGAAGGACUCCGCUACACUAUGCUGCCAGUAAGAAAUCCAUUAUGUCUGAUCUGUACAUCUUGAUAAACAACGGUGCUAUGCUAAAUGUAGCGGACGCGCGAGGGCUGACACCGCUACACUUAGCAUCCAGACUGGGAAACGAGAGCUUGGUGCGAAUAUUGCUGGAAAAUGAUGCAGUUUUCGACCUUAAGGACGUGGACAGCUUCUUGCCCCUAGAUCAUGCUAGGGAGAAUGACCACAAGAAUAUUAUUAAGAGGCUGGAGAAUGUAGCGAGAUUAAGACGAAGAGAGAAUUGUGAUAAAUACAAGGAGAAGGAGAAGGAGAAGGAGAAGGAGAAGAAGGAAGAGGAGGAGGAAAGUAGAGGGUGCUGUUAGUGGUGGUGGUGGUGGUGGUGGUAGUAUUA